AUGGCCGGCGAUCCCUUUUUAUCGGAUCCUUCGAAGAAAAGAAAGCGUCCUACCAAGCAGACGUCGAGAAAUUCCAAAUCAAACACAAAGCAAAAUGCAUCUAGAUCAAGAAAUGAUCACGAUGAAGAAAUUUCAGGCGCAAGUGACACAGACGAUGAACCAGGCAAUGUCUCCGUAAACGACGAUAAUGACGGCGAGGAUGGACGUGAUAGUGAAGAGCUCUCUUCAGAUGAAGAAUUCGCGGACGAAAAUGCUGCAGACAAGAGAAGAAGACUUGCUAAGCAGUACCUUGAGAACUUAAAGCAAAACGAAUUUGGAGGAGCUGAAGACGAUGACGAAUUCUUUGAUGCUCAAGAUCUCGAUGACGAUAUCCUUUCCAGAAGAUUACAAACCGACGUUGCUGAGCAAAAGGGUUACGUAUAUAAGUUCAUUGGAGAAAAAGUGGGGACCCAACUUGAAGACCUUAAUAUCAAGACUACCAGAAUUGGAUCUAAAAAUUUAACUAGCAUGGCCAUAAGGGCACCAUUUGUAUAUACUGUAUCAAAAGACUGUGAGUUGAUCAAGUGGAAGAUUGACAACAGUAGCAACAAGAUCGAAAGAAUAAAACACACCAAGGGUGGCUCCAAGAAAUUCAUGACAAUUAAGAAUGAGCAACGUUUAAAUCACCAUUGUGAUCACAUACUCUGCGUAGCGGCUUCUCCUGAUGGAAAGUACGUUGUCACUGGAGGUGCAGACGGUAGACUUAUCAUAUGGUCCAGUGAAAAUCUUUCCUGUUUGAAAGUAUUGGAGACUAGAAGUGCUAUCAACCUGAUUGUUUUCCGUAGAGGAACAGACCAAUUGUAUGCCGCGUGCUCAGAUCUCAGAAUAAGAACGUACCUGAUUAACCAAUUUGCACAAUUGGAAGUGUUGUAUGGACACCAGGACAAUGUCACUGAAGUGUCCUGUUUAAGUAGAGAGACUUGUGUGUCAGUUGGCUCUAGAGACAAGACUGCUUUGUUCUGGAAAAUCGCAGAAGAAUCCAGAUUGACUUUCAGAGGAGGAGACUCAACAGAAAAGAGGAGAAAGAGAAGAGAUAACUCAGAGAUUGACACAGAGGGGCCUGAAGAGGCAUUCCACGCAGAAGGAAGCAUAGAAGUAGUAUCGAUGAUCGAUGAAUCACAUUUUGUGACAGGAUCUGAUAACGGGAACUUGGCCUUGUGGUCACUCGCAAAGAAGAAGGCUCUUUUCACCAAGAGACUCUCACACGGGUUGAAGCCAACAUUGACACAAGCACAAGCCAGUGCCGAAGUAAGCCAUGAACUUGCACAGCAACAAGUACCUGAACCAUUACCAUACUGGAUAACAGCAAUCCAUGCUGUGCCAUUCAGCGACAUAUUUGUAACUGGUUCGUACAACGGAUGUCUUAAAGUAUGGAAGUUGGACCAAGAGGGUUUGCGUUCCUUCCAAUUGAUCGGAGAGAUCAACAAUAUCAACGGAUGUGUAGUGAAGAUUGACCAUGUGGAGAUCGAAGACAAAAAGGUGACAAUUUGUGCGUUAACAAGUAAGGAACACAAGUUAGGAAGAUGGUUUGAGAAGAUCGAUGGUGCAAGAAACUCCUUUGUUAGUUUCACUGUCGAUGUUUAG